CCUUGAAUUUCAAGCCGAAUUUGAACCCCUGAAUUUGUGGAAGCGAAUUUUUAAAACGAGAUAAUAUAGACUGAAAAUGACCUGUCAAAUUUUAAAGGUUGUAUUUAAAAACAAGUUUUUUUAAUGAAAUUUAAAAGGUGAUUUAUUUUUAUUUUUAGUCGGUGAAACUCAGUGUGAAAUGUUUCAAUUGGAAAUAUUCACAGCUUAAAUGUACAACCAUAUUGAAUCGCAGAACCUUAAAAUGCAAGCACUGUCAAUACAAUGCAUUUUUUUUCAGUUAGUGCUAUUCAGCACGUCUCUUUGCUUCCAGCACAUUUGAUUUUACUUCCAUAUAUCUGACUGGUAAGCGGUCGUGUCAGAACGCAGGACACUUCCACAACUGCAGGUGGCAGUAUAAAAACAAAAGAACGAUCACGUGAACACAAUCCACAGCGGCGAGAGAGAGCAGAGACAUUCACAACAUACAGGCGAACAGCAGCUUUUGUAUAUCUCUGUGUUUUCAGUUUAAACUUGUGUCUCAGGCUGGAGUUUGUGUGGGUCGCUCAUGGGUGCGUCUGUUUGCGGGCAUGGGCGCUCGCUCCUGUCUGCCCUGAAUAAUGGCAGGACCGGACAGAAGGACACUCUGUUGGGUGGCGAUGACUCUCUGGACGGGCUGGACAGACAGGAGGACAUUGCCCAGUUCCCAUAUGUGGAGUUCACAGGUCGUGACAGCAUCACCUGCCCUACCUGCCAGGGCUCUGGACGCAUUCCAUCAGGGCAAGUGAAUGAGCUGGUUGCUCUCAUCCCCUACAGCGAUCAAAGGUUACAGCCGAGGAGAACGAAGUCGUAUGUGGUACUGUCAGUGAUUCUGUGCCUCCUGGCAUCUUCACUGGUGGCCUUCUUCAUGUUUCCUCGUCCUGUGCUGGUCGUCGACGAUGGCAUUCGCUCCGUGACCGUGCACUUUGACCGAAACAACAGCAAAGUGAUCAUCAACAUGACGAGCUCUCUAAACUUCACCAACUCAAACUUCUUCACGAUGUGGGUGGACAGCGUCACCUGUCAGGUGCUUUAUAUGAAGACCGUCAUUGGAUCUCAUCAGCUUGACAAUGUCAUCCACAUUCAGCCUCUCAGCCAGAGACGGGUCAACUUCACUGUUAGCAUGGAAAUUGGUGGAAGCCUGUCGUAUGUUUAUGCCUUCUGCACAAUGGCCAGCAUCAAGGUCCACAACAUUGUGGUUUUCAUGCAGACCUCAGUGAAAACCUCGUACAUGGUGCGGAGCGCGCAGAACACACUGGAAGCUUACCGCUACAUUGACUGCGGAGCCAACACCACCGUCCACCAGCCCUCAGGAAUAACGUGGUCUAAACCUCAACUCCCUCACAAUGAAAAACUGAUCCGCUGAAACGUCAGCCCACGGAUGCUUGGGUUGUUCACGAUGGCACUACUUAGCAUCACUUUUGAGAGAUCUGCUGUGGUAGUUAUCUAUUAAGGGAAUUAUUAAAUGUUGCAGUUUCAGCGUGAAAGUAAUGUAGGUUUUUUUAAUGCCAGGUGUACUUUUCUAGACAUCUGAAUAUGUAUCGGGUGUAAGAAAUCAGUUUUGAAGAAAGCUACUUAAAAAUGUUAAUUGGGUCCUAUGCAAAUUCACCCAAUUGUGUUUUGUUUGUGGAUUUGUUUACUUUAAUGGCAAAGAUGUCUUAUUUUUAUAAGUGCAUUCUGUGAUAGUGUUUCAUUCAGCUCAGUCAAUACUUGAAUCUAUCAUUGAAAAAAGUACAUAAAAUAAGUGUAUUUAUUUAUAAUAUCGAGGUUGAAAAACGUAGACCUGUUCUGAGUGUUUCUGCUUAAAAAAGUACAAAAGAUUUCAGUCAGACGGUUAACACUGUGCAUAAGGUGACUGUUGCAAUCGAGCAAAUAUUAUUUUGGCUCUGUGAUGCCAUGAGAACUAAAACAAGGGCAUUAAAUUAAUAACUGAUUAUGUGCAAUAUGUGUUCAGAGUUGAAUUAGGACCAUAAUGUACCAAGUUCAAGCUCUUUUAAUGUAAUGAAAAUGACACAUUUGAAUCCUUCGCAAACAUAAGCAUUUUGUAUCAUGUGGGCUUUGGUGUUUUAAAAAGGACUUUUGUUCCAAACAUGAUUUGCACAUUUGGUUAAAAGAUUAUUUUUAUAUUAAAGAAAACUGAGAGAAAUAAGUUAAGUUUUACGCAUGACGUUUGUAGAGAUCAUUAAAAUAAAAACAUUUUUGUCAUUAAAAUUA